AUGUCUAUAGUUACCUUCGAGAAGCCUGUGCCCAAAGUAGCAGAGCCCGAUUGGUAUUACAAAAUAACGGAAUUAAAAGAAUCUUGUGAUGAACAUAGGCGUCAUGCAUUUGUAUUGGGAAAUGAAUCUCGGAGGUUAAGGAAUGAUACAGAUGUCACUACUUAUUGGGGUACACAUCGUACAAAUUCUAAGAUCUUUGACAGACGCAUUGAAAUAACGCGCUGGAAAAAUUUAAUUGAAUUAGGUUAUAAAAACUUACAAAAAGAAAUUAAAAAUUUGAAAAUCGAAAAAGAAAAAACUGAAAAAUUUAUAGAAUUUUUAAAUUUGAACUUUACUGUUACAAAUCAUUGCUUAAGUAUAAGAGAUGAAAGAGGUGGUGCAGAUUUGUGUCAUGAUAUUGCAUCUAUUGAAUUAAAAAAUGAACAACACACUUUGGAAAAAUUGAAAAACUUGUUAGUUGGAAUAUGCCAAAUUGCAUGGGAAAAGAUUAAUAAGUUAGAAGAGUUGGAAAUUAAUGUUGCCGAAGACUUAGACAAAAAGAAUAAUACAAUAAACAUAGAUAGUGAGUUGUUAGAAAUGACUAAAGAUUCAAACAAUAUCUCCCUCAAACCAGAUCCACUAAGAGUUACAAAAGAUUUCAAUACAUAUGAAAAAUGGCUCCAACAGUGCAUUAAUAUGAAACAGACAAUUGAGAAUGAAUUAAUUAAUUCAACAAAAUUACGUGAAACUUUGUUCGUGCCACAAAAUAAAACUAUAAAUGAUCUGCUAGCUCAAAAUGACAAAGUAAAUUAUGGUCUCAGAAGGCGUAUUUAUGAUACAGAAAGAAUUAAGAAUGAAUUAGAAUGGCAAAAAUGGAACAUGUUAACAGACAAGGAUAAAUUUUUGAAAGAAAUUGAAAAGUUAGAAAACGCUUUGUAUAGAAAAUUGAAUCCUAAAAUGUUAGUUGAGACACGGUGCGAAGAAAGAUUGUAUAGGGCUGGUGUUGAAAUGUGCCUUGAUAAAACUACUAUUGGUUUGCAUAAAGAACAAUUUGAUCUUGAUAAUACCAUCAAAAUGUUGAACGAUAAGCUAAAUAAAACAAAGGCUUUGCAUAAUAUUCUUAUUGAACAAAUAAAUAUACUAGACGAGCAACUAAAAAAUAAGACUCAUGCAUUAGAUGUUGACCAGAAAUGUCUACAGUAUAGAGUACAACUGAAUGGCCGGAGUUGUAGCUAG